UGGUGCGGCUGAACUGGAUCGGCCCGUGGCAAAACGACCGUCCCGACGGGAUCUAGUGAUGCCUGAAGUCAGCGGACGAUCCCGCACAGUCAGAUUAAAGUGAUUGAACCUCGUCGAUUCCCAAGCCCAACUAUCAGUAUUGCGUCCUCCUUGCAGAUCAGAGAAUCAAGCGCCUAAUAGCUACAGCCGGCGACAAUGGCAGAAUCCUCGACGACGCUAAACGUCCAGGAAUGGAAGGAGAUCACGUUCGAGCAACAAACCCCUCAAGACGACGAUGCAGCGACCGGCCUCGACCUAGAGGUGCCGUUGGUCCUAGACAAGCUAAAAGAGCAGCAGCUCGGGAGCAGCGAGUAUCGCAACACGGCCAAGAAGCAUCUCCACGAGCCGCGCUCCCUGGUCGCCGCCUACGACUCGCGCCACUUCUACUUCCACGUGCACUUCUCCCACGCCACGUAUGGGCUCUACCGGUCCAAGCCGGCCUGCCUCGUGGUCCUCGACCUAUCCUUCCAGAAGAGGGGCAAAUCCUUCUCACGCUUCCAGGCUGCCGAGGUCGACAUCGAGUUCCGCGAUGCCCCUCUCACUCCAACGGCGACCAAGACCAGUGGAGGUGCCCACGGCUCGGACUCCGAGGACGUCGACGACGACGACGACGAUCUGCAGCCGACGGUGCUAGCAUAUGAGCCACGGUUGUUCUACGGGCCCGUGGACGUCGAGAAGGGCAGCGCGCACGCUACGGCCAAGCUGGGGCUGACGCCACCGGGGGGCAUCGCGGCGCUGGGCCUGGAGCUGGGCCGGCAGUUCCACUACCCCGAGGAGGGCUUCUUCAAGGCGCACGGGACGCUGUGCGACAACCCGCAGUCGCGGGUGCACCUGAGCCUGUCGGAGAACGCGCUGCGCCGGAGCGGCAUCCGCGAAGAGGUCUCGGCCGCGCUGGUCGUCGGCUACGUCCCGGGCCGCCGCUUCUCGGCGCGCGUCACCGUGCGCGCCGACCUGUACCUCAACCCCCUGACGCCCGUGUGCGGCGAGAAGGAUGAGCCGAUUUACUUUGAUCCCGAGUCCAUGAUGGCGUCCGCUGGCGGUAGUAAGAGAGCGAAGACGGUCCCCGGCGUGGAGGGCGACCUGGACAAUGUCAAUCUGCUGCAGAAACUGACACGGCUCGGCCAGUACGGAGGGGUGUUUAUCAGAGAAAUAGACCCCUAAAGACAUUUCUCUUUCGUAUACAUAAAAAGGAAUUCGGCAGCAGUAGAGGGACAGAGUGAGAGGUUUUGUUGUCUAGUUUUCCUCAAGGCCUCCCUAUCGAUGGCAAACAUGUCCAUCCCGUCUUGCGCACCCUGUCCACCCUAUAUCUAAUUCCUAGGUACCUAUAGUGUUUUAAGAGCAAUCCCACAGUCUGUACUGCCUCUGUCCCAGC